AUGCGCUCCCUCGCUAUAAAUUCGUCGGCCCUUUCAAACUCGGUGCUCUCCGGCUUCUUCCCCCGCGGCGGCGCCGCCCGCCUCUUCAGUCCUCGCCGCCUCCGGGUCUCGGUGAAGCUUAGAUUCUUCGGUCUCCUCGUGGGUGGCGCCUGCCGCUGCGACGGGCGCGGGGCGGGGAAGAUGGGGGCCGCGAGGGUUGCGGUGAACAGCGUUAUUGAUCUCACGGAGAAGGAGGAGAGGAUAUUCCAGCAGCUUCUGGGCGUGGUGCGGCACUUCCAGAUGGAGACUCAAUUGCGGGUCGCUGGCGGUUGGGUCCGAGAUAAGGUCAGAUGGCGGAGGGUGUUUUGCAGUGUCGCGUUUUAUUUUUCGCCAUCCUCUCGCCUGCAGCCGUGGUUGCAUCGUAUUGCCGUUACCGUCGUUGUCGGUUUCGAUAUAAUUUGCGCCCUUUUGAUUGUUUAGCUCGCGUCUUUUCUUUCCGUGAACUGUUUUCGACCGUCGUUUCUCUUCUGACGGGGAACUUGUGUAUCUACUCUUACCUUCCAUAUUUCUUGCCGUCUUACGAUGAUCUAGACUCCAAGAGCGAAGGAGUGGUCAUACAGGCAAUUAACUGAAUAUUUCUGCACUAUUCUCCUACAAGAUUGUGUGACUUUGCUUAUUUCUUAUAUCUUCCUCCAAUUCAUUGCAGCUGUUGGGUCGAGAGUGUUUUGACAUUGACAUCGCGCUGGAUAAUAUGUUGGGACGGGAAUUUUGUGACAAGGUCAAUGAGUACCUGUCGCUCACGGGUGAAGAAAGGCGUGGAGUUGGAGUUAUCCAGUGGUAGAGGUUCUCAUUUGAUUUGUACACGAAUGGGUUGUAUCUUGGAAAUCAGUAGAUACACCUCUCCUACAUUUUUUCUUUCUUGCUCCUAGAUUCGUGGAAUAAUUUUCGGAUUCUAAGAUUACUUAUGUUAUUAUUGAUUUGCCUCUAAUAAUGUAUCGAUUUGACUAUGUAUCGUCCUCAAUCCCAUUCUCUGUUUUAAGACGUCUGAAACAAAGUACAGCUUUUCCUCUAUCACCAUAAUUUGGAGCCUGGAUUAGUGUGUGGAACCUGGUAGAACGUGGCAACUAGGUUUUGUGGCUAGUGGUAUUUUGACGUUUUUCAUUAUGGACAAACCAACUUGAACUGAUUCAAGUUAUAAUUGGCACAAUUAUGCAGCAAUCCUGAUCAGUCAAAACACUUGGAAACCGCACGAAUGCGCAUAUAUGACGUGUGGAUUGACUUUGUUAACUUGAGGUCUGAAACCUAUGCAGAGAACAGUCGUAUUCCUUCAAUGGUAACUACAGAUUAUUCAUGGCUAUUUAUUUAUUUAUUUCCUUCUUCUGCCUUUAUGACUGAUAUCGAAUUUAUACUUACUUUUCAGAAUAUGUUAUUAUCCAAAAGAUUAUAUUCUCCAUAUAUUCCGGGCUAUAAAUUAGUGCAUACGAAGCCAUUCUAAUGUAUCUAGAGACCAUUUUUGGCUGACGAACUAUUUUAAAGCCAAUUUAGUUCAUAUCUAGUAUUAAACAUAUUAUAAAUAGUUUUAAAGGACUGCGAUUGUUCUUUCACUUCGCUAAUACCAAUAUUAUACUGUUUAUUUAAAUAAAUUUCUUAGUUCUUUCAGUGUUACCGUUAUUUGAUAAAUUAGUAGUAUUGUGAAUCAUGAUUCAGUUGAGUACCUCUUCGGUUAGGAAUCAUAUUUUGGGAAUAACGUGAAUUGAUAUGGGCGAGUCCACUGCAAGUCUUAGAUGAUAAUUGUGUCCUUUAAAGUUUCAUAUGGACCAGUUAACGAUUAAAAACAGAUUUGAAUUUCUGGUGAAAAGGUCCUCCUGAAUUUAUGAUCUUGAAGAAAGAUUUCCAUUAUCUGGCUGGGAUAUUGGGAUGUUUGAUACUAACACUAUUGGAGACCGUUAUUUAAAUUCCAUAAGUAUUUACCCGAUCAUAAGCUUCAUAAUUUUUCUAAUUUUAAGGUAACUGGGGUAGUGAAAAAGUAUCUGUUCCCUCUUGGCUAGGUUUAAACUCAUUUUGUGGUGGGAAAUGAACAAGGUGGAGAAAUUAAAAAUAUGAGACUCUUGUUGUGAAUAGGAUUCAGUGAAAGCAAUACGGUUAUGGAAUUGGCCAUUUCAAAUUGUUACCAUCCCUAUCAUGUUAUAUUGCACCAGAAAAAGCGAAGUUUAAAAGAGCCAAGUCACAAAGUUGCUAAAAAUGGCAUUUAGAGAUCACUCAGUUGGAUGAAGGCCACCGGAUUAUGUAGCUCAUCUCGUAAACAUAGAAAGGGAGGGGCAGGUAUAAUGUCCGCCACCCAUUCGACACUGCUGUCUGACGGCCAAAUUGGUUUCCCUAUCCUUUCUCACCUAUCUCAUGGUUUACGCUCCCUCUUUUAUUCGGUUCGGCCAUUGUCUGUUUUUCUGUCAACCUCUUUUUGACUCUACUUAACGUAUUGUAUUGCAUUGGGCUUUAUUGUAAACAAAAAAAUGACACUUGUGAUAUAAUCGUAUUUGUAAUUAUGUUUUUUUCAGAAUUGAUUUCAAGUAGAGGUAACUUACCAGCUCGUCCCAUCCUUCCUGUCUCUUCCCAAAACAAUCCUAAUCUCUCUUGAUCCCUCGCCAAUGGUUCCUGUGUAGAGAUGAUAGAGGCAGAUCGCUGUGAUGUCUGUUGAGUGGGGGAAGGUAGAGAAUAGAGAAGAAAAGAAAUGACAAUCAUUUGGUCUGGGCAGUUAUGUUUGUGGGAACAGCAAUGGUAGUUCCUGGUAUGAUUUUUCAUCUCUUGUUCUUCCUGAUAUGAUUUCUGGUCAAAGCCUUUAAAGAAGGUAGGGGUUGCCAAGUUUUAAACCCUAGUAAGUUAAUCUGAUUCUAGCCUUCUUUUUAUGGUUCACAGCGACAUGUAAAGCAUGGCACGUGAGUAAGCCCUGUUUGGUAGCAACUCAACUUGAUUCAGAUACAACCCAACUUGAGGAAAUAUUACCUCGAUUUAUAGAAACAGCAGAAUGAAAAAUGUCGAUCAAUAAACUGAUAACGAAAUGAAGCUGUUCCUAAAAUUUUUGCUUAUUUUAUUUUUACUUUCUCUUUAUGGUAUCUCUAUCAGACUGGUUUGGUCCGGUCCAGUUCACUGGAGAACCGCCCUGACCCCAAUUCAAACCUACCUCUGUGGGUCUGGUAUAAAUCCUAGGCCUGGCUUACCGAUUUCGAAUCUGCCUUGGACUCAAGGAUGGUGAAUUUUAGCUGUCAACAUUUCUUCUGUUUGGUUGUGAAAAUUUAUGGCGAAUAGAAUGGUUAGUUAGAAAUUUAACAGAUGCUAUCUAUUCAGAAUUCACGGAAAAAGAAUGAUUUUAUAUUUCAUGUCUGCCACUCGAAAUGAAAUAUUUGUUUUCGAAUGUUCAUCAAAUGUAGAUUUUUGGAACUGCUGAAGAGGAUGCUUAUAGAAGAGAUCUAACCAUUAACAGGUAUUUUUUUUCUGUAAUGUCUCGCUUUUUCCUUCAUUUGUGCACUUCCAGUAGAAAGUAUUAGGAACACUUCCACAAAAGCCCAAAAAGGUAGUGUUCAGUUGGUAUGCUAGCAGAUGAGAUAAGAUUUCUCGAUGAUUUCUAUAGAUUUUUGAGUGCUGAUAGGUGGGUUUCAUUUUAGAUUAUUCUUCUUUAACUGAGCAAUCAAGAAGGAAUCUCCUUUAGUUUUCUCUUGGUUAAUUAGAAUGCACGUUUCCAUUAGUUUAUGCCCCUGUGAUAAUAUGCAAUCAUUGAUGGAACUGAAACCUUGCUAUGGCUGUCUUUCUCCAAAAUUUGGGCGUCUUUUUUGAAUUAUACUAACAUUUGAACCUCUUGUUUUUGACAGCCUUUUCUAUAACAUUAACACAAAUUCCGUUGAAGAUUUAACUGGAAGAGGUGACUUUCUUUUCCAUUUUCUAUAUAAAGUUGGGUGUCAUUUGGCUUAUGUUGCUCCUCUCCCCACCUUUUUUUUUCCAAUUUAUCAGGCAUUGAAGAUCUUAGAUCCGGAAUAAUCAACACUCCGUUACCUCCAAUGGCAACAUUUUUGGAUGAUCCUCUUAGAGUUCUACGAGCUAUUCGCUUUGGUAAUUGUCGAAAUUUCCCACCUUAGACCUGCUUUAUCUCUUGGAGAUCUCUGUAUAGCUUAAUGUUUUCAUUGGAGAAGAUAGCAUUAACAAUCUUUCUUGAUUUUCUUUUUAAUAAUUCAAAGUAGUUUUAAGGUCAUUUUCUGCUGUCCAUAAUGUUUUUCUUAGUAGGUCGAACAUAUCCAAACUCUGCCACAAAAUUUCAUGAUAUUUUUCUUAAGUUAUUUUUAUAUCAUAACUUUUCUUGAUGGAUGAUAGAAUGAAAAUUGCAUUUUUCCUGAUGUUAAAAUUUUAUCCUGUGACCCAGUCAUGUUAUCAGCAGCAAUAUGAAAAACGGGUGAAAUAAAAUCCAAAAAGAGAAGUACAGAAAGCAUGUGCAACCACUAUUGAAUCUAGCUAUUAUUGCAAUACUGGCAAUGAUAUUUUGCGUAUGUAAACACAAAACAUAUUUAAAUUUAUUUCCCCAUAUUGGAUCCAGCUUCCAUUCGGUGUUGAGGUUGUUGGAAGUUUUUUAUCCUCGGGCCAUUUAUGAUGAUGGGGUGAGUGCAAGCCAAGAGUUAUUUAGGUUUGCACUAUCCCGAUUCUUGAAGAAUGAUUGUAGAAUGUUCUCAGCGUUCCCAUCUUCAUCUUUGAUUAGUCGCUGCUUUAAAUUACUCUCUCUGUUUUUUGGGUAAGCUUUAACCUUAGAGUGGUCUUCUUGAUUCAGUUAUAUAAUUUAUACCGUGUCUCAUCCUUUUCUUUUACCCAGGUGCAAGAUUUGGAUUUACAUUGGAUGAUGGCGUAAAGAACGCUGCUGCCCACGAAGAUGUCAAGUCUGCAAUAGCCAACAAAGUCAGCAGAGAGAGAAUCGGUCACGAAGUACUUUUUUGUCUUCUGUUUCUCUCUAAAACAAUUUUCUAGGCCUAUUAAAUUUUGUGGUUUGUUGUGAGAUCUCUUUCUUCAUUUUAUACCAAUUAUCUUGCAAUCGCAAGCGAUUUUUUCUUUUGUUGCGCAGGUUGAUUUGAUGAUUUCUGAUAAAGAUCCAGUUAAAGCGGUGACUUAUUUAAGUGACUUACAAUUAUUUUGGGUUGUCUUUUCUCUUCCGCAUAAUUCAGAGCUUACAAUAGUGGAAAGAACUGACAGGUUUGCUUUCCAUAAAUUACAUAAAUGUUUCGUUGUUCUUUUGAGCUAGUAGAUCUCAAAUAGGAAAUGAUGAAAAUAUGUAGACAUUUACUUCGGUCUGUAUUGUAAUCCUCCGAUAGGUUUGAGUGAUGAUGAAAGUAUGUUAUAAACUUAUGCUCUCAGGGGGGGAAAAGGAUUAUUGGCAUGAAGUUUUGUUUUAGUCCAUGAUUUAUUGAGCUUUUCAACUCGUUUGAGUCAGACUGAGUUAUGAACUUCCUGGAUCCUGAUUUAUCUCUGAGAUUUGAGCUUACUGCCUCUGAAAAAGGUAUGGUAUUCGGAAUCAGCCAAUGCAAAGUUCAUGUCGUUCCAAGUUUAUGAAUCUUAAAAGUUACUAACAUGACUCAUUUUAUUUCACGAUUCUCGAAAGUUAAAUUACAAUAAUUGUACUGAUAAAUGGGAAAACUUGACAUCAAGUUAAGAAAUAUUGAUGAGAGAAAUUAGGAAAAGAUAUCUGAGUGAUCCUCGUGUCCACUCUACUCUAUGUGGCUGUGGUAAACAGACUGUUCUUGGUGUGGUUGGUGCCACAAUCAUUAGUUGAAAGGGAAGUAUGCCUAGUAUGCGGUCCAUGAACUCUCAUAAACAUUUCCAGUACAUCAUUUGUAUCCUGCACACCAAUAAAUGGAAAAACAGUUCUAGCAACCAUGUCUGUGAUGCCACUCAUUCAGGUCCUCUUUCGUGUGCACUUAAAAGUCGUACUUAAAUAUAUGGUCUCUGACUCUGAACUGCCAUCAGAAGCUAGAUGGAAAUGGGAAAAUAACAAGACUUAUUUCCUUGGUCAAUCCUCACCAAUAACUUCAUUGACUUUUUCAUCUUGUUGAAGUUCCUGUAGCACUUUUCUCAAAAUGUAUUCCUUUGUAUCCCUUUCUAUCCUCAAAAUAACAUGAGUGUAGUCCCCAUAAUGAAAUCAUUAUCUCUUCAAAUCCUUCUUGUAAACUUCUCAGAUGUUGUGAUUAAUGAUGAUUAUAGCUGUUUCCAUAUUAUGCUGAUAACCUGAAUGAGAACUGAUUUGGGUUGACAGAAGGAUCUGUAAGAAUACCCUCAUUUGGGUAAAUACUUACUAAUGAUCCCUUUGAUCUCAUGUGUUAUUGGUUUGGCUCCACUCCCAAAGGGCUGCUAAUUUUCUAUUUCCUCAGAUUUACUGAAAAAAUCAAAUGAAAAGAUACAGGUAGUAAGUACAUCGGGUUAUCCUUUUGCCGGUCCAGCUGCAUCCUUUGAUGAUGCACCAUCGUCUUCUGCUCGAUUUCUUGAAACAUGAUCCUUGUGUCCAAAAACCUCUCUCCCCCAUGAAAAUAUGGUACAAGUAUCUUGAUCCUCAGAUGUGGAAAGAAAUAUUUUCUGAGCAUCGUCACUCGAAUAGAAACCGUGCCCUAUUUAAGGCCCAAACAUGGUUUUCUGCAAGGGGAGACAACUUGACACCCUUCGCCCCUUUUUUUGAUACCCUCAAUGCCCCUUAUUCUGUUAAAUUUUCCGCAAUGUUGCAGGGAAUAUUUCCUUUUGGGAUACCACACAAGUAUAUAAAUGGAAGAAAUCACUACAUGGACAUUCAUGGUACCAUGGCCAAUAUUUAGCUAGCAUGACAGUACUGAAUAUCACGCAGUAAAAGAUCAAGUACAUGAUAUUGUACUCAUCCAGGUGGGAAUUUUAUGAUUUGGAAGAGGAAGAAGUAAAAUAUUGUUUCUGGAUCAUAUAUAAAAUUUUUGAGCACGAUACUAUGCAUUGCCUAAUAGAAAUAAUCUGGUUUAAGGUUCUCUCAAGAUAUUUGAUUCGAGGUUCAUCCUCCUUUUGAAGUAAUACUAUGAUAAUAAGGAUCUGUAAUGCAAAUAGUUCAGUUCAACUUGGCGAGACAAAGCACAUGGAGAUAGAUUGGGACUUGGUCUGUGGAAGCUGCAGAUAUUUUUACCCGAGGACUAUCUUCAGACCAAUUAAAUUUAUCAUUUACGAGGUAAAACAUCCAUAACAUCUAUUCUCAACCCCUGCAGAUAUGCAUGCUUGAUGCGUUAUUCGGUUCCUAGACAUCAAAGAUGCAUACCAUUUAUUGCUUCUCCAGAACAUCUCGUCCAAGGAUUAGGACUCAGUAGUUCUCUUCUGGCCUCUACUCUUCUCUUCUUCAUUCAUGGUGCGCAGAGGGGGUGAAGGUUGUGACUCCUUGAGUGUGUUGGGAAACAGGGGUUGAAGGUUUAUAAGCUUCGUGCGUGCCACCUUAAUUUUUAUUAAUGUUUUACCAAGCUUCGUGCAUGGCCUCAUUUCCUUUGUACCACUUUAGUUUUGUUUUUUCAAUUUCUUUUGUUUAUAAGCACGCCCUUAUUUUGGUGUACUCUAACCUAUGUCAGACUCUGUGUGGGAUACAUGAAUGCUGCAUGGAAUCUUCUCCAGUCUCUUGGCUGCUCAAUAUUAAAUGUGAGUUAACUUUACUUAGUGAAAGAGAGAAGGUAUUCUGUCAUGAUGUGCUCAUGUCCGUAUUCAUCAGCCCUUAUUUUUCAUUUGGUCACUGAGAAAUGCCAUUGGAGUCCAGGGUUUUAUUAAUCUGGCUAAAAGAUUCAUUUGGUCUCUCUCUCUUUCUUUCUCUCUCCCUCUCUUUCUCCCUGUCUUUUUUCCUCUCUUUCUCUCUCCCUCUCUCUUUCUCCCUGUCUUUUUUCCUCUCUUUCUCUCUCCCUCUCUCUUUCUCCCUGUCUUUUUUCCUCUCUCUCUCUGUCUCUCUCUCUCUCUCCUAGAUAAUGCUUAGUUUUUAUUGUAAUCAUGACCUGAAGGGUAAACGAAUUCAAUAAAAAAUUACCUUAAGUCAUGUCUUGCAUUAUCAUUAUACCCCCACAUCGUUAUCACCAUUUUCUUGUCGCUGAAUUGGCCGAUUCUUUAACUGCCUUGGUCCGAUUUUUGGUUCAUUUGGGAACUUCGGAAAAAAAUAGCCCUUGUCAUCUCACAAUUCCCCAUAAGUUCAUGUGUGUGUAUAUAUAUAUAUAUAUAUAAAACUUAUCACCUUAAAUUCUAGCCAUGUUUCACAUGUGUCAAUUUCAACCUGAAAGACGGCCUUGGAUGCCCUGGUUUCCUAGAAAUGGUUUGAGAUCAUGUUUAUUAUGUUACAGUGAGCACUUGCUUCUGGGGGACCAACUGCUGAUGGGAGUGUGUGCAGCUGCAGAGUCUCUGCUUGUAGAACACAGACUUCCCAUACAUUUCACUCCCGAUUUUUUUCCGUUGAUUAGUUCCUUGAUCGUAUAUAUUUGACAGCUAAUGUUAUAUAUAUGUUCUUUUUCUAUCAGUGAUCACCCAUGAUAUAGUCCUUAAUCACGAACUAUCCACUAUCACUUUCGCAAGGGUAUCACAAUCUCUCAGUGUAUUGGAUUUUAUCUGAUGAUUUUCUGCACCACUCUUCAUCUCAGGACGACCAUCGCAGGCUCUACUUGUAUGGAGCAUUGUUUCUUCCAUUGAGAACCUUAAUCUUUAAGGAUAAAAAAUCCAAGGAGGUAAUUUUUUUUUCCCCCUUGUAUUAGGAUUUUUCAUAGUUUUUUUAAUUUUUUUUUACUAAUUUUAGCUUACGAAUUAAAUUUAGAUCCCUGUGGUGAGCCACAUAUUUCGCGGCUCUCUGAAGCUGAAAGCCAGCGACGCUGAAACGGUUAGUUUCUCAUUGCUUAUCUGCUCGGACGAAGUCCACCUGCCUGGUUUCACCGAUCUUGAGCCUAUUAGCCCUUCUGUGGCCUUCUUUUCUGUAGGUGGUUAGCGUGCACAAUGUAUUGGAGAAGUUCAUAUCAUUGAUUGGUUUCUUGGAGUCCAAUGAGGCAUCCGAUCUGGCCGAGGCAGAACUGGGAGAUGAUUAUCUUGAUCUUCCGGUGGUUUCAAAAAAGCGGAUAUUGGCAGGUUGGCAAAUCUCUUCUUGUGCUGGAUCUUUUUUGCUCUUCUCGUACAUAGUUUUUUUUUCCCCUCUUUACGUUUUUUUUUACUAUACUUCUGAAUUAGUUUGGUUUCUGUGUGAUGAUAUUUGGGGACUUGGAUCUAGUGAGCAGCUAGUUUUUACCGCUAAAAACGGUCCCGUUGACUUCAUGUGAGCCUGUAAGGUGGCUCUCUUGACUUAUUAUGAACAUUUUGACUUCAUGGUCAGCGACCCACUUGAAUUAGUGAAGACUUUUUUGUCCAGUGAUCUGAUCUAAUACCAUGGCCCAUCGGCUUAGUGUGGACUUGGUAAUUGAGGCAUGCAUGAUCUCUUUCUUCAUUAAUUAACGCCAAAGCAUCAAUCUAUAUAAACAGGUCUUCAAACAUGAUAAUGGUCCAAGGAUAGACAACUCAGAUUGAGAUAAUGAGUCUAAUGAAUUUGAUAAAUAUCAUGUAAUGACCAUCUUGAUAAAUAACAAGGUAUAAUGAGUUUUUGGAAUGUAGGCUAAAAGUAAUGCCUUUCCAUGAGGUACAUCUCAUUUUUUGGUAAUAUCAUUUAUCUGUGAAUUAUAUAAUCGUGGAUUUUUAUAUUCUGAAUUAUUUUGUCCAUUACAUUAUUAUCAGAAAAGGUUUUAUUUUUUUUAUUAGUUAAAAUGGUUUGAGCAUCACUGUGAUUCUUUGUAGGGCUCUUUCUUAGACAAAUCAAGGAUUUCUGGCGGGUGGCUCUGUUAAUAUCCACUCUGAUAUACCCACGAGUUCAUCACAACGAAGAUUUCCUGGCUAAAAACUUUGAGGUUGAGGAUGCCAGCAAGAUGUACAGGAGCGUUCAUGACACAAUUGUCACUGAACUAGGCAAGUAUUCUCCGAGCCCAGAUUAUCUGUUUAUGUUCUUUUCUUAUCUGCAUAUUUGAUCUGUAAUGCUGUACGCGAAAAAACUGAAGACGAUGAUGAAAAGAAAAUCCCCGCUGGUCUUGAUAUUGCAUAUUCUUAUAUAAGAAUUUCUAUUUCCGCUAACUAAUGUAGAAAAUCGGAGUUUGGAAUCAUGACAAGUAAUGUCCAUUCAAACUAUCUUCAUAAUCACUUGGUUAUUAUCAAUUAUAGCUGUUAUCUUUGAAUUCUACUCAUGGUUAGGUACCUUCAGAAAACCCACCAUGAAGCCCGUGACGAAAGCAGGGGAUGGUAGCGUUCGAUUCUGUUAGGGUUCUAAGAAUAUUUUUGGGAUCAUUUAUUCUGUAUAUAAUGAAUAAGGAGAUCAAAUCUUACCUGAGAUUCGCCAUGGUAAUCGAGGAAAAUCACCACCGCAUGAACGUGGCUCCUCUCCAUCUGUCGGCCUCUUCCAAGAUCUGUGAGGGUGGUUGCUGGGAUCCAUUCUGUAUCAGUUACCUCUCUUACACCUACUUUCCGUUUGGAGCAAGUCUACAGUCCGGUUCAUGAUAUUUUACUCGGCACUAGGAGUUGUUGAACCAUUUGAGCCAUUCCAUCGCCAUUACCAGAGAUCGACCAUCUCCUCCUGUUCUUCCUUCGUCCAGUACUCAUUGUCUGAAGACCUAACGCUAGCCGUCGUCGUCCUUACCACGUUCGAGAGAGAUGACCGCAAUUUAUCACUUCUUCUCGUCCAAUCAUUCUAACUGUUUACUCAUUGUUUACGAUCCAGAUCUGGACAAGGUGUGGGAGAUGAAGCCGCUGGUGAAGGGCGACGAGGUCAUGGACCUGCUGAGACUCAAGACUGGCGGGCCUCAAGUCAGGGAAUGGGUGAGCCCUCCCCGAUCCUCCUCUUCUUCCUCCAAUCGAUCGCCACCACUGCAACAACGAUCACUCAAAUCUCCGUUCCCCGCAGCAAAACCGGCUGCUGAAGUGGCAGCUCGCGCAUCCGGCGGCGGAGAAGGCGGCGGCGCUGGCCUGGCUCGAGCACCUGCGAUCGAAGCGAGCCAAGCUCUCCUGA